GUUUUCCGUCAGUCGAUCUUGAGCAUUGCUCAAAAUAUCUUUACUCUGUAAGCUUGAUAAUAUAUUAUUUACAAACACAAACAAAGUAUCAAAAUGAGGCGGUUAUCAUUACUAUUUGUGUUCAUUGCGGCUUUUGUAUACGUGAAAGCGGGCGACGAAGAAUAUUUACCAUCUUACAUUCAGCCUUGUGAUCUACAAACGCCCGAAUUCAAGGAAUGCGUGAGGAAGCAACUAGUCAAUAGUCUUCCAUUAUUCGCAAAGGGAAUCCCAGAGAUGGGCGUUCCCUCCAUCGAUCCAACAGAGUUGGAUAAUAUCGAUAUCGAUGGAAGCGGACUCAAGUUAUCAUUCAAGAAACCUAAGCUGCACGGUCUUAGUCAUGCAAGUCUCACUGAAUUAGCCGUCACCAUCGGAGAACUAGAAGAAAAAUUCAAGUUGGGCCUCAAAAUGAACCUCAGUCUGACUGGAGAGUACAUUGCUGACGGAAAAAUUUUGAUCCUACCUAUCAAGGGUAAAGGACCAUCACUCAUCAAAGUCUCAAACGUGGACGUCGAAAUCAUCAGCAAGUUGACGCACGUAAAAGAAGGCAAAGGCGAAUACUUCAAGUUGGCAACACCGAACUACAAAUACGAGAUUGAAUCCACUACCUUCGACUUUAAGAACCUGUUUGAGGGAAACAAACAACUAGCCGAGACAACACUCAAGUUCGCCAACGAAAACUGGCGCCAACUCAUGGACGACCUCGCCCCUCCAGUCAUCAAACAAAUCGUAAAAACCAUCGUUAAGGCAAUCAAUAAGUUCUUCUCCAAAGUCACGGUCCAAAGGCUGGUCAAAGGAUACAAAUCGAAAGCUUAAACUGUGAUAAUAUUAAAGUUUAAAAUUGUCUGACGAAGCGUUACCAACAACCAACUAAAUGUUUGUUUAUUUAUUUUAAUUUUCUAAAUUUGUCAGUCAAUUUUAGACAGCGGGACAUGAUAUGAUAUUGUUUCAAACAUAUAUCUGUAAAUUAUUUUUUUAUUUCUUUUUAUUUUUUUAUAAGUUUAAUUAUCGAUAGACUAUGUAGCAAUGAAUCUGAAAUGUUUUGCUACAGUUAGGUAAGCGGGAAUAAAUAAGACUACAACAAAUA